AUAUCUGCGAAAUAAUGGUUGAUGGAUCUAGAUGCAUAAUUCUCUCACGACCAGAAUAUAUUGAAAAACUUAUGUCAACAUGUGCAAGAAGGUUGCCAUAUUAUCAGGGUCUGGAUGAAUUCGGAUUUAGUAAACAUGGAAUCGCCGGCAAUGAUGUGUAUGAAAUUUGGAGGUUUAACAGACAGUUCUUUGAUCAUGUUUUAAUGUCACCUAGAUUUAGGGAUUACACUGUAAAGUCUAUAAAUAAAUUGUUUGAAGAAUUGAGGUGGUGCUGGCAGUCUCUUGGAAUGCAAAAUGUUCCAAAUAAAAAUGACAACAAUAAUUGGACUUUAGAAACAGAUUUUGCUAAAUGGUUUCAUGCAUUUGCAAACGAAAUUAUUUCAGUAAUAGUCACCAGUGAACGCACAUAUUCUAUUGCCUCCUACUAUAACAUGCAAAGUGCUGUCAAGCAUGAAUAUUCUGAUGCAUCUGAUUGGAUCGAGAAGAUUGAAGCAAUGCCAGUGGGUACAGAAAUGAGAUCCGAUAUGCUGACUUCCUUAAUCACUUUAAACACCGAAAAGGAUACUGAUACUGCUAAAAUAAAAACAGUGGACGGUAUGACGUAUAAACCUAUGCCUGACGAAGAGAUCCGAAGUAAUUUGUUAGAGGCAUUCGGGGGUGGAUCAGAUAGUACUGCCAACACAUUUUGCUCUAUAACCUACUAUGUUUGUAAACAUCUAAAUGUAAAACAAAAAAUGAUUUCAGAAAUUGACUCUGUAUUCUCUAAAUAUUCUAAUCUAUCUUAUCUGACAAGAGAUGAUCUCUUAAAAUUGAAAUAUUGUAAGGCCAUAAUUAAUGAAGCCCUUCGUAUGAUUCCCGUAACAAAUAUUAUAACUCGUCACAUGACUGAAGAGUGUGAAAUUGCAGGAUAUAAAUGGGCUUCUGGUACACUUUUUCACAUAAAUAUUUCAGGGUUACAUAGCCACCCUGAGGUUUGGCCUAAUCCUGAAGUUUUUGAUCCAGAUAGAUUUUAUAAUAUCGACCAAGAUGAUAAAAGAUUAAAAGACAAAUAUUCCUUGGUAACUUUUGGUGGUGGUUUACGAAUCUGCCCUGGAAGGAAACUGGCUAUGACUCAGCUACUUUUAUGGAUGUCAUUAGUUUACAGAUAUUAUAAUGUUGA